CUCAGUCUGAGUCUGGCAGUUACAAGCUAAGACAUGUUUUCCCGUCUUCGCAAGCGUUUUGGGAGGGGGAACGUCGAUUCUGGAGAGACUAGAGUGAAGGAGUCUGGCCUUUCGUCUCAAAGUAAUGAUGGACAAAGACAGCACUUCUGGGGAAUGUGGAACGCUGGGAGAGAAACAUCAUCCCAAGGAACUGACCUAAGCAAGAAUCAGGCCAUGAAGGAAAAGGAGAGGCUGAUUAAAGAGCUGCAGCUCAUUACCGAGGAGAGAAAUGACCUGAGAGAUCGCCUGAGGUUUCUGACAGAGAGAUCCAUGAAGAACAGGCCACACUUCAGGCCAAAUCCAUAUUAUGAAGACCUGAGGAGAAUGGAGGAGGCGGUCAUGUCAAUUCUGCACAACUUAGAGAUGGAGAACACUGAGGUCCAUGAGAACAACCAUAAGCUGAAGAAGGAGAUUACCUUCUCUAGAAACCUGCUCAGCCAGCUCCUGAUGGAAAACACAUGUAGGAAGAAGUUGGUCCCACUGAAGCAGGAGAGCAAGGAGAUACAUCUUGAUUAUGCACUGAACCAGAAAUAUUUGGUUGACUUCAACAAGAAAGAUAAAGACCAUCAACGGCCAGAACCAGCAUUAUCAGGUCUCAGAAAGUGCAAGAGAGCUGGAAUUGGACACACACCAGUAAGAGAGCUUCCUGAAGAAUAAGUUGCUUUCUCAGGAGUCCCUGAUGACCAACAUCCUGAAUGAAAACAGCACUUGAGAGACAACUUGGGGGACCGCCUUUCAUUAUGUGUGCUAGAGGAGAAACAGCAAUACAUCUGUGCUUCUAAAUGUUCGUUAAGAAUAUGCUUUUAGAAAUAUUUUUGUUAUGAUUUUAAUUGAAGUUUUCUUUUUGUUGUUUUAUAUUUAUAUCUUCUUGUUACUAUUUUUACUUUCAAAUAUUUU